GUGGGGCAGGGGGGGAGGGAGCGAGGCGUCACCGUUGUAUAUUCAUGAGGCGCGCGCAGCCCAGCAUGUAAAUGAGGCGGGGCGCGGCGGCAGGCUAAGAAGGCUGCUGGGCGGCGGCGGUGGUUGCUGGCUCGGGUGCUGCCCGGCGCGAGUGGCGUAGACCAAGGGGUCACUGGCCGGCGCUAACCGGGACAUGGAGCCGUCCGGCGGGGGCCUGGGGCCCGGCCGCGGGACCCGGGACAAGAAGAAGGGUCGGAGCCCGGAUGAGCUGCCUGCUACGGGCGGCGACGGCGGCAAACCCAAGAAAUUUACUUUGAAGCGGCUCAUGGCAGAUGAGCUGGAGAGAUUUACCAGCAUGAGGAUUAAGAAGGAGAAGGAAAAAACCAAUUCUGCUCACAGAAACUCCUCUGCAUUGUAUGGAGAUGACCCCACUGCGCAGCCAUUGCAAGAAUACACUGAUGAGCAAAUCCUAGUCUUCUUUGAGCAGAUGCUGGUGGAUAUGAACCUGAAUGAGGAGAAGCAACAGCCUUUGAGAGAGAAGGACAUUGUCAUCAAGAGGGAGAUGGUGUCCCAGUAUUUGCACGCUUCCUCAGCUGGCAUGAACCAGAAAGAAAGCUCUAGGUCUGCCAUGAUGUACAUUCAGGAGCUGAGGUCAGGCUUGCGGGAUAUGCAUCUGCUUAGUUGCCUUGAGUCCCUUCGAGUCUCUCUCAACAAUAACCCUGUCAGUUGGGUGCAGACAUUUGGUGCUGAGGGCCUAGCCUCCUUAUUGGAUAUUCUCAAACGACUCCAUGAUGAGAAAGAGGAGAUUUCUGGAAACUACGACAGCCGGAACCAGCAUGAGAUCAUCCGCUGCUUGAAAGCUUUCAUGAACAACAAGUUUGGAAUCAAAACCAUGUUGGACACAGAAGAAGGAAUCCUACUGCUGGUCAGAGCCAUGGAUCCUGCUGUUCCCAAUAUGAUGAUUGAUGCAGCUAAGCUGCUGUCUGCUCUUUGUAUCCUACCACAGCCAGACGACAUGAAUGAACGAGUUUUGGAGGCAAUGACAGAGAGAGCUGAAAUGGAUGAGCUUGAACGCUUCCAGCCACUGUUGGAUGGAUUAAAAAGUGGGACCUCCAUUGCACUCAAAGUGGGAUGCCUACAGCUGAUCAAUGCUCUCAUCACUCCCGCAGAAGAAUUUGACUUCCGAGUUCACAUUCGAAGUGAACUAAUGCGCUUGGGGCUGCAUCAGGUGUUGCAGGAGCUUCGGGAGAUUGACAAUGACGAUAUGAGAGUACAGCUAAACGUGUUUGAUGAACAAGCGGAGGAAGAUUUGUAUGAUCUGAAGGGACGGCUAGAAGACAUUCGCAUGGAGAUGGAUGACUUUGGUGAAAUCUUCCAGAUUCUUUUGAACACAGUGAAAGACUCAAAGGCAGAGCCACACUUCCUGUCCAUCCUGCAGCAUCUCCUAUUGGUUCGGAAUGAUUAUGAGGCUAGGCCACAGUACUAUAAAUUGAUUGAAGAAUGUAUUUCUCAGAUAGUUCUGCACAAGAAUGGAACUGAUCCUGACUUCAGGUGCCGGCACCUCCAGAUUGAUAUCGAGGGAUUGAUUGAUCAAAUGAUUGAUAAAACAAAGGUGGAAAAAUCUGAGGCCAAAGCUACAGAGCUAGAAAAAAAGUUGGACUCAGAGUUAACAGCCCGGCAUGAGUUACAAGUAGAAAUGAAAAAGAUGGAAAAUGACUUUGAGCAGAAACUUCAGGAUCUGCAAGGAGAAAAGGAUGCACUGGAUUCUGAAAAGCAGCAGAUUGCUACAGAAAAACAAGAUCUAGAAGCGGAGGUGUCAAAGCUGACCGGAGAGGUUGCCAAGCUGUCAAAAGAACUAGAAGAUGCCAAGAAGGAAAUGGCUUCUCUCUCUGCUGUGGCUGUUGCUCCUUCUGUUUCUAGCAGUGCUGCUGUUCCCCCUGCCCCGCCUCUGCCUGGUGACCCUGGCACUGUUAUUCCACCUCCCCCACCCCCACCUCCUCUUCCUGGAGGUACCUUUCCACCUCCUCCCCCUCCUUUGCCUGGAGGUGCUGAUAUACCCGCUCCCCCUCCUUUGCCUGGAGGUGCUGCCAUUCCCCCACCUCCUCCUUUGCCUGGAGGUGUUAGUAUACCCGCUCCCCCUCCUUUGCCUGGCGUCCCCCCACCACCUCCUUUGCCUGGAGGUGUUAGUAUACCAGCUCCCCCUCCUUUGCCUGGCGUCCCCCCACCUCCUCCCUUGCCUGGAGGACCAGUACUGCCUCCUCCCCCUCCCCUUCUUCCUGGAGGCAUUCCUCCUCCUCCACCUGGAAUGGGCGUGCCUCCACCUCCCCCCUUUGGAUUUGGGAUUCCUGCAGCCCCGGUUCUGCCAUUUGGAUUAACCCCUAAAAAAGUUUAUAAGCCAGAGGUGCAGCUCCGGAGGCCAAACUGGUCCAAGUUCGUGGCUGAGGACCUUUCCCAGGACUGCUUCUGGACAAAGGUGAAAGAAGACCGCUUUGAGAACAACGAACUUUUUGCCAAACUUACCCUUGCCUUCUCUGCCCAGACCAAACCUUCCAAAGCCAAGAAGGAUCAAGAAGGUGGAGAAGAAAAGAAAUCUGUGCAAAAGAAAAAAGUAAAAGAGCUAAAAGUGUUGGACUCAAAGACAUCCCAGAAUCUCUCAAUCUUUUUGGGUUCCUUCCGCAUGCCAUAUCAAGAAAUUAAGAAUGUUAUCCUGGAGGUGAAUGAGGCUGUUCUCACCGAAUCUAUGAUCCAGAACCUCAUUAAACAGAUGCCAGAACCAGAACAGUUAAAAAUGCUCUCUGAACUGAAGGACGAGUAUGAUGAUCUGGCUGAGUCAGAGCAGUUUGGCGUGGUGAUGGGCACAGUGCCCCGUCUUCGACCUCGCCUCAAUGCCAUCCUCUUCAAGCUACAAUUCAGUGAGCAAGUUGAGAAUAUCAAGCCAGAGAUCGUGUCUGUCACUGCUGCAUGUGAGGAGCUGCGUAAGAGUGAGAACUUCUCCAACCUCCUGGAGAUCACUCUGCUUGUUGGAAACUAUAUGAAUGCUGGCUCCAGGAAUGCUGGUGCUUUUGGCUUCAAUAUCAGCUUCCUCUGUAAGCUCCGAGACACCAAGUCUACAGAUCAGAAGAUGACACUGUUGCAUUUCUUGGCUGAGUUAUGUGAGAAUGACUACCCUGAUGUCCUCAAGUUUCCUGAUGAACUUGCCCAUGUGGAGAAAGCCAGCCGAGUUUCUGCUGAGAACUUGCAGAAGAACUUAGAUCAGAUGAAGAAACAGAUCGCAGAUGUGGAACGUGAUGUUCAGAAUUUCCCAGCUGCCACAGAUGAAAAGGACAAGUUUGUUGAGAAAAUGACUAGUUUUGUGAAGGAUGCACAGGAGCAGUAUAACAAGCUGCAGAUGAUGCACUCCAACAUGGAGACUCUGUAUAAGGAGCUAGGCGACUACUUCGUCUUUGACCCUAAGAAAUUGUCUGUGGAAGAAUUCUUUAUGGAUCUGCACAACUUUAGGAAUAUGUUUUUGCAAGCAGUCAAGGAGAAUCAGAAGCGCCGGGAAACUGAAGAAAAGAUGCGGAGAGCAAAACUAGCCAAGGAGAAGGCAGAGAAAGAGCGACUGGAGAAGCAGCAGAAGCGAGAGCAGCUCAUCGACAUGAAUGCAGAGGGAGAUGAGACGGGUGUGAUGGACAGUCUUCUGGAAGCUCUGCAGUCGGGGGCAGCAUUCCGACGAAAGAGAGGGCCCCGUCAAGUCAACAGGAAAGCUGGGUGUGCAGUCACAUCUCUGCUAGCCUCGGAGCUGACCAAGGAUGAUGCCAUGGCUGCUGGUCCUGCAAAGGUGUCCAAGAAAAGUGAAGGAGUCCCCACAAUCCUUGAAGAAGCCAAGGAGCUGGUUGGCCGUGCAAGCUAAGCUGGGCUCUAUGGCCAUUGCUGCUCCUAAGUGAAGCCCAGACUGUCUACCUGCAGCAUGUGCCUAAAUGGUCAAGGGAAUAUCCCCUACAGUGGCCACUCCAUCACCUGACCCUGAUUUUCUGUCUGGCCUGCUGCUCUCUGAACAUCACACACAGCUUCAGCUUCCUGGAGGCCAGAAGGAAAGGGCAGUGUAGGGGUGGCCUGAACCCAGCCCAGCCAACCCUGGCUGUGGUAUUACCAAAGCAGGGUACGUGUGUGCUGCCUUAAUCCUGACUCCUCCAUGUUAUCCAGAGAUCCUGGUCUCAGACAGAACCCAGCCUGCUUUCUCAGCCCCACUUUCUAGUGGGCCUUCCCCUAGGUCAAUCUUGCUGGAUUUGUGCUUUUCUUUUGUGGUUUCUCUGGCCCUGAGAACAGCAUGGGACUUGUGAAGCUUUGGGCUAGAUCCUUACGCUGCUGGCACCUCUGCUUUUCCUCCUGGCAGUUAUUUAUUACUCGUGCUGUGGCAUUGGGAACUGCUUCUGCAAAAGCAGGAAGCAAAUCCCACCCUUACCCUGCUUUCCUGGGAAGUCUCCCAGGCAAAGGGUCUCAACCACUCUCCUUGUUCCACUGUGGCCCAGGUCUGAGCCAUAGGCAGGUAGCUAGGGCAUAGCGACAGUGUGGGGCCUGCCCCCUGCCCGCUGCCAUGCUUUGUGCCCUUGCCUCCCUGGACCCUCUGUGCCAGCCCUCCCCCCACUUCCCCCCUGCUGUGCCCCCUCCCCUAUGCCUUCCCCAGAGCUUUGGUGCAUCUCAUUUGGAGUGUGGGCUGUAGUGUGACCAUCCCAACACCUCACCCCUCCAUCCAAGGAUAUGGGAGGUGGAGCCUCCUGGCUGAGAACUUGUUUUGCAAAUGGAUCUAUUUUUAUAUGAAAAAAAUUUUUUAAGGAAAAAUAACUUUGGUCCCCUUUCCCCUUCAUAAUAAAAGAGGCUUUGAUGGUAGAUUCAAAUAUUCCUGGGGUCAGUCCUGAACAUGGUCUAGGUGUUGUCCCCAUCCCUCAAGACUUAAACCCUGAGGCCAAGGUAGACCCUUCCCUAACAUCAGUUCUGGGGCAAGACCAUUUCUCUGGUUGGGCUGGGCCACACCAUAGGAUAGCAAGAGCUCCAAUCCUGUGUUUUCCAUGAAUGUAUUAAAUUAUCAAGCCAAACGUGCAGAUGCUAAGUGGAUGCUGAGAAGUAGCACAGGGUUGUACCUCCCCACCCCCCACCCUGGACUGUAGAAGCAACAAGUCAGACUGAGGCCCAAACCUCGGGAAGCUCAGAUUCUCUGACUUAGGGUCACUUUCUUGUCCUCCUUUAGCCCCUUCCACUUUCCCCUCUGAGCUACGGAGAAGGGAUGAUAGAUACUGUCCAGGCUUGACACAGGAUUCGAGUUGCCAGAGCAUGGGGGAGUUUAGGAAAUGCAAGGUAGGAAAUGCAAGGGCGGCCAGUACAGCCCUUGUGGCCGGGGAGCGUGGUCCGGGUUGCUAGAGCUCCUGGGCUACUCCUGAGAAGACCGGUGCAGGGUCUGGUUUUUUCCUGAGCCACCUCCUUGCUAGCUGACAUCUGGGGCUUUGACCCUUUUCUUUUUUAAUCACUUUUGCUAAAAUGCAUUUAAUUAAAAAAAUUUUUUUAAGUAGAGGGGACAAAAUGCAAACUCCUUGCCUCUUGGGCUUCUGGGAUGUCAUCACCUCCAGUUUGAUGGAUUUGUUUCCAACUGUCAAUAAAGCAUUGAAACA